AUGUCCAGAGUAUUUAAACGCCAGCUUUGGAAAGAAAGUGUAUCAAGAGUACUGAAGCAAAAGCUGAAGGAAGAGCGUGAGGCAAAGCGUGCCCAGCUGGACAGCAGACAUGACUAUGUCCUCAGCAUCUUGGCCUUCUGCCUCAGUCUGGAGAAAGCAGAUGUGGAAGAAGCCAUUCUAGAGGGGUCUCAGAUUGAUCGCAUGGAAAAGUUCUUUGCUGCUGGUGGACUUCCUCACAUCAUUUUCUACUAUCAGGAUGUAGACCCAGUAGAAUCUGGUAAGAACAAAAAACCCAAUGUUUUUGUCACAGAGGGGCGGGACAUAGCACUCAAAGGCAUUUGUGUGUUUUUCACAAGGAGCAGUAUUUCAAAGGCCAUCACCUCCGAGAAUAUACACAGAAACAUAAACUUCAACAUGCUUAACACCGUGGAUGUUGGCUUGCUGCAGAGUGUGGAGCAGCUGCUGACAAAGAUCUUCAUCCCAACCCUGAGGAUGAUGAAUGAGUCGGGUGAGACAGCCAACCCCAAAGCCCUCUCCAUUUGGCAGGACUUCUUCAGCUCCCUGGAUGGCUUUGUGGCUGUCCUUGGGGGGGCCCAAGAAAGUCUGAUGGAAAAGGUGAGCCUAAAACCAUGUGAGACGUAUGAUUUGAAAACACUCAAGGGGCCGUCAGACUACGUAGCUGUGGCCAGCAGCACGGAAGCUCUAGAGAAGAUUGAGGGCUGCAUGAAAGCGUGGGUGAAACAGAUUGAGCAGGUUCUGGCAGAGAGUGACCAGCUGAGGAAGGAAGCAGAUGACUUGGGCCCCCGGGCUGAACUGGAUCACUGGAAAAAGCGCAUGUCACGCUUCAAUUACCUGCUGGACCAGCUUAAGAACCCAGAUGUGAAGGCUGUGCUGGGGGUGCUUGUGGUGGCCAAAUCUAAAUUAAUCAAAUCAUGGCGAGAGCUGGAUGCCAGGAUCACAGAUUCUGCCAAUGAGGCAAAAGACAAUGUCAAGUACCUGUACACACUGGAGAAGUUCUGCGACCCACUGUACAACAGUGAUCCAGUCUCAAUGGUGGAUGCUAUUCCUGGUCUGAUCAACGCCAUUCGGAUGAUACAUAGUAUCUCCCGCUACUACAACACCUCAGAGAAGAUCACCUCCCUGUUUGUGAAAGUGACAAACCAAAUGAUAACAAUGUGCAAGGCCUACAUCACAAACAAUGGCGGGGCUACUAUAUGGAACCAGGAUCAGGCCAUUGUAGAGGAGAAAAUUAAAGCGGCUAUCCGACUGAACGAGGAAUACCAGAAAUGCUUCCAUAAAAUGAAGCAGAAACUGGAGCAGAACCCGUCAGAGCGGCAGUUUGAUCUCAGUGAGAUGUACAUCUUUGGGAAAUUUGACACCUUUCAAAGACGACUCAGCAAGAUCCUCAGCAUGUUCAGCACCAUCUCAACGUACUCCACUUUGCAGGACUCCAAAAUCGAGGGCUUGGAAACCAUGGCGACCAGGUUUCAGGCAACUGUAUUAGCUAUGAAGAAGAAACAGUAUAGUUUCUUGGACCAGAGAAGAACGGACUUUGACCAGGACUAUGAAGAAUUUUGUAAAGGCACCAAGGAAUUGCAUGACCAGUUGAAAAAUUUCAUGGAAAAUACAUUUGAUAAAAUCCAAAACACUGCAAGGGCCUUGAACGUCUUGAAGAAAUUUGAAAGGCUUGACAUCCCAGGACUUGGCAUUGAUGACAAAUACCAAAAGGUCCUUCAGAACUAUGGUCGAGACAUCGAGAUGGUCUCAAGGAUUUAUACCAAGCAGAAGGGUGAGCCCCUCAUUGGCCGCAACCUGCCUCCUGUCGCUGGUAAAAUUAUGUGGGUGCGUCAACUCUUCCGCCGCAUCCAGGAGCCCAUGGAACUCUUCCAGCAGCACCCUGGGGUACUAUCCACACCCCUGGCCAAGCGUAUCAUUCGCAGUUACAACAAGGUGGCACAAGUUUUGCUGGAGUUUGAGGUCCUCUAUCACCGACUUUGGAUGAGACAGGUUGAAGUGGCCAAAGCAGGGCUUCAUGCAACUCUGUUGGUAAGAUCUCCAGAGACGGGCGAGCUCUUUGUAAAUUUUGACCCCCAGAUCUUAACCCAAAUCCGGGAGACAGACCUCAUGACAAAAAUGGGUCUGGAGAUUCCCCACUUUGCCGCGGUCCUACAGCAACAACAACACACACUGAAGAAGAAUUACAACAAGCUGCAGUUGAUUCUUUCAGAGAACACCCGCGUGCGGGCGAAGAUCCAAAGUGCCUUCAAGCAGCUUGCCACACCUCACGUGGCUAAGGUGGACAAAGCGAUACUGCCAGGGCUCACUUCUCUCAAUUGGACCUCUCUGAACAUUGAGAAGUACCUCAAUAAUAUAACAUCUGCCCUGGGCAAUCUGGAGCUGCUGAUAGACAGGAUAAAUGAUCUAGUGGAGUUCCGCAUUGAUGCCAUCCUUCAGGAGAUGAGUACCACUACUCUAUGUGUGUUGCCAGAGAAUGAACCUUUCACCUGUGAAGAAUUUGUCCAGAGAACAAGGGAGCUUUGCAUCAAGGGGGCUCAGAGUUUACAUACUAAAAGCUCAUUAGUGGAGGAAGCAGCUAAUGAGCUCAUCAACAUGUUGCUGGAGUUUGAACAAAAUAAAGAGGAGGAGGAGGAGAAAUUUAAUUGCAUUAGCAGGACUGAGAGCAAAACUGGACAUGAAGAGACUGAGGAGAACGGCAAGACAGAAGCCAGGCUUCUGUCCCGCAAUGCCACGGGGACCAGCAUAGGUCCACCCUCCCCCCUGGGAAAGAAAAAGAAAAAGAGGGACAUGAUGGAAAUCAUGGAGGAGGAGGCACAGGAGCUUCUCUCCCACUUCAACCACCGGAACGUGGAUGCGCUUCUCCGUGUGACCCGCAACACCUUGGAGCACCUGCGGAGACGUGUCCACACUUCAUCUGUGCUGCACUUCAUGGAGAGCAGCUCUCUGGACCGACAGAAGGGCAGCAUCCUAAGGCCCAUUUUUAGGACCAGUGUGUGUCUGGCCAUCCCUAACAUUGUAAUGGUCCCUGCUCUGGAUGAGGUUCAGCAGGCCCUGAACCGAGCUGUGGAAUGCGUGGUCAGCGUCAGCAAGGGUGUUGCCCAGUGGAGCAAAGAGAGGAUCUCCAAGAGAAAGAUGAAUGAGAGGAGGGCAGCGGCUCUGGGAUUGAACAGUGGUGACAGUGACUCUGAAGAUGGGGAUGCUACACACAGGAGCUUGGCUGAUGACAAUAUUUCAGACAUCUCAGCCUCUGUGAACCAAACCAUUCCAUUUGAACCCAAGAAUUACUUCAAGAGUGUUUCUGAAAACAAGGAGAUUGUCAAGCUGGUGUCGGUCCUUAGCUCUUCCAUCAACUCUACCAAGAAGGAUGUGAUGAAUGCCCUGGAACGCUUCAGCCGUUACCACCACAUCUGGAGAAAGGAACGUGAAGAUGCUCUCCUAAAGUUUAGCGAGGACAACCCACUGCUGUCAGACUUUGAGUCUCAGAUCCUCUACUACAGAGGCCUGGAACAGGAAAUUAAUGCUGAGCCUGAUUUUGUUACUGUUGGAGCUCUCGCCCUCUUCACAGCUGACCUGAAAUUAGCCCUGACCAUGGAGACUAAAGCUUGGAUGGUGGAAUAUGGACAUCACUGCAAUAAGAAGUACAGGACAGAGAUGGAACACAUCUUUACCUUUGUGGAAGAAGCUGGCAAGAAACUGAAUCGUCAGAUCAAGGACCUGGAUGACAUAAGGAUUGCCAUGGUAACAUUAAAAGAAAUUAGGGAGCACCAGAUUGCCACUGACUUCCAGGUUGGCCCCAUAGAGGAGUGUUAUGCUAUGCUACAAAAAUAUGAGCUGCUGGUGGCCAAGGAGGAUGCAGAGAAGGUGGAUACUCUACGGUAUACCUGGGAGAAGCUUUUGACACGUGGCACAGAGGUACAGAAUGAGUUGGUUGCUUUGGAACCCAAAUUCAGGGGUGAGCUAAUCAACAAUAUGCAAACGUUUGUGGAAGACUGCGAUCACUUUUACAAAGAUUACGACAAGAAUGGCCCAAUGGCUGCCGGUCUACCUCCCCAGGAUGCCAGUGAUAGACUGAUCAUGUUUCAGAACCGCUUUGACAACCUCUACCGUAAGUAUGUCACGUACACGGGAGGAGAGGAGCUGUUCGGUCUCCCUGUGACAGAGCAUCCUCAGCUUCUGGAGAUCAAGAAGCAGCUCACACUCCUCCAAAAACUGUAUGGGCUCUACAGUAACGUCAUCGACACUGUCAACAGCUAUUACGACAUUCCAUGGACUGACAUCAGCAUUGAGAAGAUCAACAAUGAGCUUCUUGACUUCCAGGCUCGAUGCCGUAAGCUUCCCCGUGCCCUGAAGGACUGGCAGGCCUUCCUAGAUCUGAAGAAAACAAUUGAUGACUUCAGUGAAUCCUGUCCUUUACUGGAACUAAUGUCUAACAAGGCCAUGAUGCCACGUCACUGGAGAAGGAUCACUGAAGUCACAGGACGUACUUUCGAGGUUGAGACGGAAACAUUCAAGCUGCGGAACAUCAUGGAAGCCCCACUUUUGAAAUACAAAGAAGAGAUUGAGGAUAUCUGCAUUAGUGCAGUCAAGGAAAGAGACAUUGAGCAGAAGCUGAAGCAGGUGAUUGCUGAAUGGGACAAUAAAACCUUCACUUUUGCAAACUUCAAGACUCGAGGAGAACUGUUGCUGCGAGGUGACAGUACUUCUGAGGUUAUUGCUAAUAUGGAAGACAGUUUAAUGGUACUUGGGUCUCUGAUGAGCAACAGGUACAACACUCCAUUCAAAGCGCAGAUUCAGAAAUGGGUGCAGAAUCUUUCUAAUACUACUGAUAUUAUUGAAAACUGGAUGACAGUCCAGAACCUGUGGAUUUACCUAGAAGCAGUAUUUGUAGGUGGAGAUAUUGCCAAACAGCUACCUAAGGAGGCUAAGUGGUUCUCCAACAUCGAUAAAUCCUGGAUGAAGAUCAUGACACGUGCCCAUGAGAUGCCUAACGUAGUGCAGUGCUGCGUGGGUGACGAGACGAUGGGUCAGCUGCUUCCACACCUGUUGGACCAGCUAGAGAUGUGCCAGAAGUCUCUCACCGGAUACUUGGAGAAAAAGCGUCUCCUUUUCCCCCGGUUCUUCUUUGUGUCGGACCCCACGCUGCUGGAGAUCCUAGGCCAAGCCUCUGAUUCGCAUACCAUCCAAGCUCAUCUGCUCAACGUCUUUGACAACAUCAAAUCAGUCCACUUCCAUGACAAGGUAUAUGACCGGAUCCUGGCCAUCUCAUCACGGGAGGGAGAGACAGUGGAGCUGGACCGGCCUGUCACAGCAGAGGGGAAUGUAGAGCUGUGGCUUAAUGCCCUGCUAAAGGAAUCCCAGAGGUCUCUGCACUUGAUCAUUCGGCAGGCUGCGCUUGCCAUUCAGGACCCAGCCUUCCAGCUCAUAGACUUCCUGGACUCUUACCCUGCUCAGAUUGGUCUACUGGGAAUUCAAAUGAUUUGGACUCGAGAUGCUGAAGAAGCACUGACAAAUGCACGAUAUGACCGCAAAAUUAUGGCCAAAACCAACCAGUCCUUCCUAGAGCUCCUAAAUACGCUCAUAGGCAUGACCACCAAGGACCUGGGAACCAUGGAACGCACCAAGUAUGAAACCCUCAUAACCAUCCAUGUACAUCAGAGGGACAUCUUUGAUGACCUGUGUCGAAUGCACAUAAAGAGCCCCUCUGACUUUGAAUGGCUGAAGCAGUGUCGCUUUUACUUCAGUGAGGACUCAGACAAGAUGCUCAUUAACAUCACAGAUGUAGGAUUUGUAUACCAGAAUGAGUUCCUAGGGUGCACUGACAGACUGGUCAUCACCCCGCUCACCGACAGGUGCUAUAUAACUCUGGCCCAGGCUCUAGGGAUGAGUAUGGGGGGAGCACCAGCUGGCCCUGCAGGAACAGGCAAGACAGAAACCACAAAGGACAUGGGCCGCUGUCUGGGAAAAUAUGUAGUGGUCUUCAAUUGCUCUGAUCAAAUGGACUUCAGAGGACUAGGCAGAAUAUUUAAAGGCCUUGCUCAGUCAGGUUCCUGGGGAUGUUUCGAUGAAUUCAACCGCAUCAACCUGCCCGUCCUUUCUGUGGCUGCCCAGCAAAUAGCCAUUGUGCUGACUUGCAAGAAGGAGCGCCGGAAGAAUUUCAUCUUCACUGAUGGGGACAAUGUGGAGAUGAACCCUGAGUUUGGGAUCUUCCUGACAAUGAAUCCAGGUUAUGCCGGUCGCCAGGAACUUCCUGAGAACCUGAAGAUCAACUUCCGCUCAGUGGCCAUGAUGGUCCCUGACAGACAAAUCAUCAUCCGUGUGAAACUGGCCAGCUGUGGCUUCAUAGACAAUGUUGAGCUGGCAAGGAAGUUCUUCACCCUGUAUAAAUUGUGCGAGGAGCAGCUAUCCAAACAGGUGCAUUAUGACUUUGGACUCCGAAAUAUUUUGUCCGUGCUGCGCACACUUGGUGCUGCGAAACGAGCCAACCCAAGUGACACAGAAUCCACAAUUGUUAUGAGAGUUCUAAGGGACAUGAACUUGUCCAAACUGAUUGACGAGGAUGAGCCUCUGUUUCUCAGCUUAAUCGAGGAUCUCUUCCCUGGGAUUCAGCUGGACAAAGCAGGUUACCCAGACUUAGAAUCAGCUAUUGACAAACAGAUUGCAGAAGCUGGCCUUGUCAAUCAUCCUCCUUGGAAGCUGAAGAUCAUCCAGCUGUUUGAGACACAGAGAGUCCGCCAUGGGAUGAUGGCUUUAGGUCCAAGUGGGGCAGGGAAAACCACUUGCAUUCACACUUUGAUGAGGGCGAUGACAGACUGUGGACAGCCUCACAGGGAGAUGCGCAUGAACCCCAAAGCCAUUACAGCACCCCAGAUGUUUGGCCGCCUGGAUGUCGCCACUAACGACUGGACUGAUGGCAUUUUUUCCACAUUGUGGAGGAAAACCCUAAGGGCAAAGAAAGGUGAGCACAUCUGGAUUGUCCUGGAUGGGCCUGUCGACGCCAUCUGGAUUGAAAACCUAAACUCAGUUCUAGAUGACAACAAGACCCUCACUCUGGCCAAUGGAGACCGUAUCCCCAUGGCCCCCAACUGCAAGAUUGUCUUUGAGCCUCAUAACAUUGACAAUGCAUCACCAGCUACUGUUUCCCGCAAUGGGAUGGUAUUCAUGAGCUCUUCUGUUCUCAGCUGGAGCCCCAUUCUGGAGGGCUGGCUGAAGAAGCGGUCGCUGCAGGAGGGUGUGGUGCUCCGGGAACUCUACUCUUCUUCCUUCUCUGAGAUGUACAGCUUCAGCAUCCAGUGCUUGGAGUACAAGAUGGAGAUGCUAGAGGCUUUUGUCAUAAUGCAGAGCAUCAACAUGCUGCAGGGCCUCAUCCCACCAAAGGACCAAAGUGGUGAGGUCUCCAGGGAGCACAUGGAGCGCCUCUACACCUUUGCCCUGAUGUGGAGCAUUGGUGCUGUCCUGGAACUAGAAGACCGCAAGAAGUUGGAGGCCUGGCUUCGCAGCCUUGAUCGCAUCCACUUGGACCUGCCAGCCAUCUCUCCAGGCAGUGAAGAUACCAUGUUCGACUAUUACGUGAACCAGAGUGGUCACUGGGUUCACUGGAACACUCGAGUGGAGGAGUACAUCUACCCAGUGGAAAACACCCCGGAAUAUGGGUCCAUUUUGGUGCCCAACGUAGACAAUGUCAGAACGGACUUCCUUAUCCAAACCAUUGCCAAACAGGGAAAGGCUGUGUUGCUGAUAGGAGAGCAAGGUACAGCCAAGACUGUCAUCAUCAAAGGAUACAUGUCAAAGUAUGACCCCGAGCUGCACAUGGCUAAGAGUGUCAACUUCUCUUCAGCCACAACUCCUCUCAUGUUCCAGCGUACUGUUGAGAGCUACCUAGACAAGAGAAUGGGAACAACAUAUGGACCUCCGGCUGGAAAGAAAAUGUCUAUUUUUGUGGAUGACAUCAACAUGCCCGUCAUCAAUGAAUGGGGAGACCAGGUGACAAACGAGAUAGUUCGCCAGCUGAUGGAACAGAAUGGAUUCUACAACCUUGAGAAACCGGGGGAGUUCACCAAUAUUGUGGACAUCCAGUUCCUGGCAGCCAUGAUUCACCCGGGGGGUGGCCGCAAUGACAUUCCCCAAAGACUCAAAAGACAGUUUUCCAUCUUCAACUGCACUCUGCCAUCCAAUGCCUCCAUUGAUAAAAUAUUUGGCGUGAUAGGGACAGGCCACUACUGUGCACAACGUGGCUUCCCUGGGGAGGUGCAGUCGGCCGUAUCCCAGCUGGUGCCACUCACCCGGCGCCUGUGGCAGGCCACCAAGGCCAAAAUGCUGCCCACCCCAGCCAAUUUUCACUAUGUCUUCAACCUGCGAGACCUGUCGAGGAUCUGGCAGGGCAUGCUCAAUGCCACAGCUGAGAUGGUGUCCACUCGGCGUGUUGUACUACAGCUGUGGAAACAUGAGUGCAAGAGGGUCAUUGCUGAUCGUUUCACCAUUUCUGAGGAUGUGGAGUGGUUUGACAAGGCCCUGGCCAAGCUUGUGGAAGAAGAGCUGGGGGAAGAGGACAGGGCUGGUGUUGAUUUCGGGGUGGACACCUACUUUGUUGACUUCCUUAGGGAUGCACCGGAAGCUACUGGAGAGGAGCCUGAGGAGACAGAUUUUGACAUGCCUAAAGUGUACGAGCCAAUUGAGUCAUUUGAGAGCCUCAAGGAUCGGCUGAACAUGUUCCUGGCCCACUACAAUGAGAGCAUUCGAGGGUCCGGCAUGGACAUGGUCUUCUUCAGGGAUGCAAUGAUUCAUCUAGUCAAGGUGUCCCGAAUAAUUCGAACUCCCAGAGGAAAUGCUCUGCUGGUCGGAGUCGGGGGAUCUGGCAAGCAAAGUUUGACGAGACUGGCAUCUUUCAUUGCUGGAUACAAAACCUUUCAGAUAACAUUAACAAGGUCCUACAACACCAGUAACUUGAUGGAGGAUCUGAAGAACCUGUACAGGACAGCUGGUCAGCUGGGCAAAGGCAUCACCUUCAUCUUCACUGACAAUGAAAUCAAGGACGAGUCCUUCCUGGAGUACAUGAAUAACGUCCUGUCAUCUGGAGAGGUGUCAAACCUGUUUGCUCGAGAUGAAAUAGAUGAAAUCUUCAGCGACCUUAUACCUGUCAUGAAACGAGAGGUGCCUCGACGACCCCCGACCAACGAAAACCUACAUGAGUUCUUCAUGAGCCGGAUCCGUCAAAACCUGCAUGUGGCCCUAUGCUUCUCCCCAGUUGGAGAGAAGUUCCGCAACCGGGCCCUAAAAUUCCCAGCCCUCAUUUCAGGAUGCACAAUGGACUGGUUCAGUCGCUGGCCAAAAGAUGCUCUAAUAGCAGUGUCAGAGCACUUCCUGUCCACCUACAACAUUGACUGCUCCGCAGAAGUGAAGGCACAGGUGGUGCAGUGCAUGGGCUCCUUCCAGGAUGGUGUAGCGGAGAGGUGUUCAGAAUACUUCCAGAGAUACCGCCGCUCCACCCACGUCACACCCAAGUCCUAUCUAUCCUUCAUCCAAGGAUACAAAGCAAUCUACAAAGAAAAGCACUCUGAAGUACAGACCCUUGCAAACAGGAUGAACACGGGGCUUCAGAAGCUGAAGGAGGCAUCUGAGUCAGUAGCUGUCCUGAGCAAGGAGCUAGAGGUUAAAGAAAAGGAGCUACAGAUUGCCAAUGAGAAGGCAGACAUGGUUUUGAAGGAAGUGACAGUAAAGGCGCAUGCUGCGGAGAAGGUGAAGGUGGAAGUGCAGAAGGUGAAGGACAAGGCCCAGGCCAUCGUGGACAGCAUCUCUGCUGACAAGGCAAUUGCAGAGGAGAAGCUGGAGGCAGCAAAGCCUGCCUUGGAGGAAGCAGAGGCUGCCCUUCAGACAAUCAAGCCUUCAGACAUUGCCACAGUACGCACACUGGGACGACCCCCCCACCUGAUUAUGCGCAUCAUGGACUGCGUGCUGCUGCUGUUCCAGCGCAAGGUCAAUGCUGUGAAGAUUGACCCUGAGAAGAACUGCAACACACCUUCCUGGCAAGAGUCCCUCAAACUCAUGACAGCUGGAAACUUCCUGGGCAGCCUACAACAAUUCCCCAAGGACACCAUUAAUGAGGAAGUGGUCGAGCUGCUUCAUCCUUACUUUGACAUGGCAGACUAUAACAUUGAGACGGCCAAGCGGGUGUGUGGUAAUGUGGCCGGCCUCUGCUCCUGGACCAAGGCCAUGGCUUCUUUCUUUGCCAUCAACAAGGAAGUUCUCCCUUUGAAGGCCAACUUGGCAGUGCAGGAAAACCGCUUGACCAUAGCCAACGCUGACCUACAGAAGGCCCAGGCUGAACUUGAUGAGAAGCAAGCUGAGCUGGACGUGGUCCAGGGUGAAUACGACAAAGCCAUGAUGGAGAAACAGGCCCUUCUGGAAGAUGCAGAGCGUUGUAGGCAUAAGAUGCAGAACGCCUCCAGUCUAAUAAGUGGUCUGGCAGGAGAGAAGGAGCGCUGGACAGAGCAGAGCAAAGAGUUUGCUGCACAGACCAAGCGCCUCGUCGGGGAUGUCUUGCAAGCCACAGCAUUCCUGUCUUACUCGGGCCCAUUCAACCAGGAAUUCCGCAACUUGCUAUUGGCAGACUGGCAGCGGGAGAUGAAGACAAGGCAGAUCCCUUUCAGGAAUGGUGUCCAUCCGACUGACAUGCUGAUUGAUGCUCCCACGAUAAGCGAGUGGAACCUACAGGGGCUGCCAAAUGAUGACCUGUCCAUCCAGAAUGGCAUCAUUGUCACCAAGGCAGCACGGUUUCCUCUACUUAUUGACCCACAGACUCAGGGAAAGACCUGGAUCAAGAACAUGGAGGCCAAGAAUGAACUGCAGAUCACCUCCCUGAAUCAUAAGUACUUCAGGAACCAUUUGGAGGACAGUCUUUCUUUAGGACGGCCUCUCCUUAUUGAAGAUGUUGGGGAGGAGAUGGACCCAGCGCUGGACAAUGUCCUUGAGAAGAACUUCAUUAAGAGUGGCUCCACAUAUAAAGUGAAGGUGGGAGACAAGGAGGUGGAUGUGAUGAGAGGAUUUCGCCUUUAUAUCACAACCAAGCUUCCCAAUCCUGCAUAUAGCCCGGAGAUCAGUGCUCGCACUUCCAUCAUAGACUUCACUGUCACCAUGAGAGGUCUAGAGGAUCAGCUACUGGGCAGAGUCAUUUUGACUGAAAAACAGGAACUGGAGAAAGAGCGGACAGACCUCCUGGAGGAUGUGACGGCCAACAAGCGCAAGAUGAAGGAGUUGGAGGACAACUUGCUAUUUCGGCUCACGAGCACACAGGGUUCACUGGUGGAGGAUGAGAGCCUCAUUGUUGUCCUAGGCAACACUAAACGCACGGCUGAGGAAGUGACACAGAAGCUGCAGACGGCAGCUGAGACGGAGGUCCAGAUCAACACGGCUCGAGAGGAAUAUCGACCAGUUGCUACGAGAGGUAGCAUCCUGUACUUCCUCAUCACAGAGAUGAGCAUGGUGAAUGUGAUGUAUCAAACCUCCCUCCGGCAAUUUCUGGGGCUCUUCGACCUCUCUCUGGCCAGGUCACCGAAAAGCCCAAUUACCAGCAAGAGGAUUGCCAGCAUUAUCGAGUACAUGACCUUCGAGGUGCACAAGUACGCUGCCAGGGGCUUGUAUGAGGAACACAAGUUCCUCUUCACUCUCCUGCUCACUCUGAAGAUUGACAUGCAGAAUAACCGCGUAAAACAUGAGGAGUUCCUCACCCUAAUUAAAGGUGGUGCUUCCCUGGAUCUCAAGGCCUGUCCCCCUAAAGCGGCCAGGUGGAUCUUGGACAUGACUUGGCUAAACCUGGUGGAGCUCAGCAAGCUGUGGCAGUUCUCUGACAUCCUCAGUCAGAUUGGCAGGAAUGAGAAGCAGUGGAAGACUUGGUUUGACAAGGAGGCGCCAGAGGAGGAGAUCAUUCCCAACGCGUACAAUCAGUCUCUGGACUGCUUUCGACGCCUGCUCCUAAUCCGUUGCUGGUGCCCUGACAGAACCAUUGCUCAGGCUCGAAAGUACAUUGUGGACUCUUUGGGUGAGAAGUAUGCAGAAAGUGUGAUUCUAGACCUAGAAAAGACAUGGGAAGAAUCAGGCCCCCGUACCCCUUUAAUCUGCUUUCUGUCGAUGGGUUCUGACCCUACGGACUCCAUCAUUGCCCUGGGCAAGAGGCUGAAGAUUGAGACCCGCUAUGUGUCGAUGGGCCAGGGUCAGGAAGUCCAUGCUCGCAAACUCCUUCAGCAAACUAUGACUAAUGGAGGCUGGGCCCUUCUACAGAACUGCCAUCUGGGAUUGGACUUCAUGGAUGAGCUGAUGGAUACAAUCACAGAAUCAGAAUUGGUGCAUGAGUCCUUCCGCCUGUGGAUGACCACUGAGGUCCAUAAACAGUUCCCCAUCACCUUGCUUCAGAUGUCCAUCAAAUUUGCAAAUGAGCCCCCUCAGGGACUAAAGGCAGGCCUAAAAAGAACCUAUGGAGGCAUCAGCCAGGAUCUCUUAGAUGUGAGCAACAUGGUCCAGUGGAAACCCAUGUUGUAUGCUGUGGCCUUUCUGCACUCCACCGUCCAAGAGAGGAGGAAGUAUGGUUCCUUGGGGUGGAACAUCCCCUAUGAGUUCAACCAAGCUGACUUCAAUGCCACAGUGCAGUUUGUUCAGAACCACCUGGAUGACGUUGAUGUGAAGAAGGGAGUAUCUUGGAAUACACUGCGCUACAUGAUAGGUGAGAUCCAGUAUGGAGGACGGGUGACAGAUGACUAUGAUAAGCGUCUCCUGAACACAUUUGCCACGGUCUGGUUUAGUGAGAACAUGUUUGGAGCGGACUUUUGUUUCUACAAGGGGUACAGCAUACCCAAAUGUACCAGUGUGGAACAGUAUCUUCAGUACAUUCAGAGCCUACCUGCUUAUGACACACCUGAAGUUUUUGGACUGCACCCCAAUGCUGACAUCACUUAUCAGAGCAAACUGGCUAAAGAUGUACUGGAUACCAUCCUUAGCAUCCAGCCCAAAGACAGCUCCAGUGGAGGUGGGGAGACCAGAGAGAGCAUUGUGGGACGCCUGGCAGAUGACAUGCUUGAGAAGCUUCCACCAAAUUACGUUCCAUUUGAGGUCAAGGAAAGGCUGAAAAAGAUGGGUUCUCUCCAGCCCAUGAAUAUCUUCCUGAGACAAGAGAUAGAUCGCAUGCAGAAAGUCAUCCAGCUGGUGAGAAACACCCUGACUGAUCUGAAACUGGCCAUUGAUGGGACCAUCAUCAUGAGUGAGAACCUGAGAGAUGCGCUGGACUGUAUGUAUGAUGCCCGCAUACCUGAGCGCUGGAAAAAGGCAUCCUGGGCGUCCAGCACUCUAGGGUUCUGGUUUACUGAGCUGCUGGAGCGAAACCGACAGUUCCAGGCCUGGAUUUUUGAGGGACGACCCAACUGCUUCUGGAUGACGGGUUUCUUCAAUCCUCAGGGGUUUCUAACAGCUAUGAGACAGGAAAUUACUCGAGCAAAUAAAGGCUGGGCGCUGGACCGCAUGGUGCUGUGCAAUGAGGUCACCAAAUGGAUGAAGGAUGAUAUCAGUCAGCCACCCUCAGAGGGAGUGUAUGUGUAUGGCCUGUACCUGGAGGGAGCAGGCUGGGAUCGCAGGACCUGCAAGCUGGUCGAGUCAAAACCCAAAGUACUCUUUGAGAUGAUGCCUGUCAUCAGGAUGUAUGCUGAAAAUAAUGGUGUGAAAGACGCUCGAUUGUACUCAUGUCCUAUUUACAAGAAACCAGUGAGAACAGACCUGAAUUACAUAGCCUCUGUGGACCUGCGAACUGCGGUGCCGCCUGAACACUGGAUUCUGCGAGGAGUGGCCCUGCUGUGCGACGUGAAAUAGACCC